ACGCUGCGCCAGGUCGUCGACACUGCGACUCGCGUUGCUCACAUUUCCAAGAUGGCGGAGCAAUUAUUGAAUAUGAAAUUCGUUUACGAAGUGGAGAAAAAUCCCUGUUUGUACAAUUACAACUUAAAAGAAUAUUCUAGAAAGGAUAUCACAGAAAAAACUUGGGCGUCUGUAGGAGAGAUCUUUAAUUUAACAGCUCUUCAAGCAAAAGAGAAAUGGAAGAACAUUCGCACUGUUUUCGUGCGACAUUUAAAGCAAGGACCAUCGAAGAUAAGGAAAUACUACUUGAACAACGCAAUGCAGUUUGCUAUACCGUUUAUAAAAGUAGUUGCUGGGUUGCCUGCGUGUCAAGGUCAAAGUCAAGGUCAAGACGUAAGUGAAGAAAUACCAAAUGAAGAAGAAAUUGAAACACUGGACUCUGAUCAGAAUGCACCUCCAUCGCCUCCUCCACUUAUAGCUAGAAAACGAAGUUUGAAAAGGAAAAUUGUUAAUUUGGAAGAUAAUGAAACACUUAUAGAAUCUGAUCACAAUUAUGCACCUACAACACCAUCUCCUCCACCAAUUAAUCAAAUUUCAAACCAUAGUCCAACAGCAGCCCAAAACAACCGUAAACGCAAACUGAAUGACUUGGAUGAGGAAUUCCACGAAUUCAUGAAAUCAAAAACCGCCAAAACUGACCAAGAUAAAAACGAUUCAAACAAGAUGUUCUUGUUAAGUUUACUACCAGAUUUGAACAGUAUGUCACCAACAGAUUUACGGACAUUCAAAAGAAAAGUGACAGUUAUGGUAGAGAAUAUACUAAAUCCACCACAAAAAAAGGCUCAUUCGCCAGAGUUUGUACAAAUAUCAGAUGUGCAACAUUCAGGCACGUCGGCCGAACAAACGCAACCAGAAUACAUCACGCUGAAGAAUGAAGGCCAAUCGGUAGAAUACCAGUUUUUACGAAUAAAUGAUUGA